CAACACAUCAUCUGAUCCACGGGCCACGGCAGAUGCUCCACCUCCGACGUAACCAGCGGCCCUCACGUCACACCCAUCAACGCCACUGUUUUCUAACUCGGCGCACAUUCGCGUCCUUUAAGAAAGUCACACUCCUUUAUCUGCGGUCACUCGGAGAAGUUUCCCUCGAGCGCGCGACCCACGAGCAUCGCCGGCGUAAUGGAGCUGACGGCAGCUUUCGUGAAGUUUCAGCUGGCUCACCUGCACCAUUUGUUUGCUCUGGUCUGUAUUGUCGUCGUCGUUUACAAGUUGAGCACACUGCUUGCGAAGAGAGCGAGGACGCUGCGGGUCACUGAGGCUUUCCCAGGACCACCGAGACACUGGCUCUUUGGGAAUUUGCUGCAGGUCAGUCACUCGCGUGCUCGCGGUUACGUAGCAACGACUGAAACUCCGUGUAACAUAAACCUCAAUACGACGAGUCUAUGUUUACAGAGGUGAUAUUUGACUACUCUUUAAGUACCAUUGUAUCCCUAAAACACUAUCGCUAAAGUUAGUAACACAAUCACUAUAACAGGGUGAUUUUUACCUGAAAUAAUAUACCCAAGAAAAAGUACAUGUCAUCAAAAAUUCAUCAAAAUAGGACAAUUUAUGACAAAUUAAAGUAGUUUUCUCUUAUUUCUAACUGUGCAAUGUCCAAAGAAAGGGAGGGACCAUGUAAAAAUGCAACAAAAUAACUGAAAUUAGGCAAUCAUGAACAAAAAAUUAAAAUAAUAAUAAUAGUAAUAAAUAAUAAUAAUAAAAUAAAAAAAAAUGAAACUGUAAAUUUAGUGUCUUUUCCACCCAUUCCUGGGGCAUGUGAGACUCAGGGUCCUUGGCACAAUAACAGCUGCAGGAGAGAAAACCAAAAUAUGUCAUAUUUUGAGUGAGUAAAAAUGACCAGUUGACUAAAAUAUUUCUUAUCACCAUAUGAAUUCCUUUGAAAAUCACUACUUUAUGAUAGUUAUUCACAACCACUGUGCUAAAUAAAGAUAGCAUGCAAAUUCCAGGACCAUUAAAUCCACCCAAACCUACUUACCCUCUAUCACUAUUGCUGGGCGAAAAUUAGGUUUUAGAUCAGGGAAACAAAUAUGCCUUCAAAGAUGUCAAAGGCAAUGCUGAAGCUACUCAGAGACCCAUGAUACUCAGACAAACGCAACAUAAUGAAAAUCAUGUAAACAUGUUUGGUCGGGUGAAAAUCACCCAGUGAUAGUGUUCUAGGGUUAAGGUACAUGUGCCUCUUAAAUGCUGAUGUAUUUUUUUGUUGUAGGCAUUUAAUUACCUGACAACUUAAUUGAUAGGUGAUACAUUUCAAACAUGAGUAAUGUAGGUAGGCUAUAAAAAACAUGCAAAAACUCAUACUAACAAUAUAGCCUUACUAAAGCAAAGCAGAUGGAGAAAAUGUUAAAUUUACCUCCACUUUUCUCAGUUUUGCUUGAUAAAAUGUUAAUGUUAAUGUAAAAAUGUUAAUUUAAAGAUAACUUUGCAUUAUACUUUAUCAAAUGUUUGUAUAAACCAAUUCAAAUUUGGCCACCUUAGAUUGUCAUGUAGGUUAAUUGACAUCACUCUUGUAAUUAAUGUGAAAAUUAAGGAAUAAUCAAGUAUAAAGACUGCAGGAUUUAGAGGUGUAACUCCAAUGUCUUGUGUUUAUUUUGAUCACUUUUUGAUCAUUUUUCUUUCAGUUCAAAGAAGGAAAGGAGUUUGAGAACAUCUUGAAAUGGUCCCAGGAUUACCCGUAUAUUUUCCCUGUGUGGUUCGGUCCCUUUGUCUGCUCAUUCACCAUUAACCAUCCGGAUUAUGUAAAAACCAUCCUGUCCUCUUCAGGUGAGAGGGGGAUCAGUUUCUUAUCUGAUGUGAUACAGUAUGUUCACUACAUGGCUUUAUAUCAUGUAAUGAUUGACUAUAUCUUUAUAAUCAAAAGUAAACAACUUAACCUUUCUGAAUUUGUUCUCUAACAGAGCCAAAGGAUGAUUUUGCAUAUAAAUUUAUUCAGUCUUGGAUUGGUAAGACACCCAUGCCUCUCUCCUGCAGAUUAUUACAGCAUAUUGCAGAGCUGUCAGUAUUGCUGAGCUGUUAACUCAUACAUGUCUGAUUUUGUUAUUUUCUCAGGGGACGGGCUGUUAACAUCAAAAGGUCAAAAGUGGUUUCGGCACAGGAGACUCUUAACUCCAGGUUUCCAUUAUGAUGUCCUGAAGCCUUAUGUAAAACUGAUGUCAGAUUCUGUCAAGACUAUGUUGGUAUGUAAAAAGGCUUUUGACUCCAAUCAGAGUGUAUUAUCAUUUCACACAACCCACGAUAAAUUUGUCUUGAAAAAUAUUUGAUGGCUGUUUUGGCGCAGCUGCUUGUGAGCUGGUUGGAGUUUCCAUCUCCUGCAGUGACCUCACAUCUGUUCAUCCGUUCUCUCGCAGGACAAGUGGGAGCGUUACGCAACCACCGACGAGCCAGUCGAACUAUUCGAACAUGUGAGCCUUAUGACACUGGACAGCAUUUUGAAGUGUGCCUUCAGUUACGACAACAAUUGUCAACUUGAGAGGUAACGUCCUGCUGAGUUUUUUCCCUGCCUGUAUGUCAGGUUGGUUUAAUUGUCAUAAGGCCAAGCGUAUCCUAAAUGUGCUUGCACUGUUGCAUUUUUAUCAUUUCAGUGGGAAAAAUGAAUACAUCAAAGCUGUGUACGAUCUCAGUGUACUGGUAAACAAGCGUGCCCGGAACUUUCUAUUACACAACAACUUCGCUUUCUACUUGAGCCCAGUUGGCUACAGAUUCAGAAAAGCAUGCAAGGUGGCUCAUGAUCACACAGGUAUGACGUCAAAUGACAACCUGGCAUCCUUAUACACUGAAUUUUCAUAUAUGUCUCUUUGUACACAUUUUAUUCAUUAUUUUGUGCUUUAAAGCUAACGUCAUAAAAAAGAGGAAAGAAGCACUGAAGAAUGUGAAGGAUUUGGAGAGCAUUAAGAAAAAAAGACACCUGGACUUUCUGGACAUCCUCCUCCAAUCAAGAGUAUGUUAUUUUCUAUUUUCCUAACCGCACUUGUAUACAAAUAGUAGCACUCAGUAGUACUUACAUGCUACUACAUGUGAAAGUUAAAGGUGAACAUAAAACUCUCUGACGACAGCGAAGGAAAACAGACAGGUAUGAAAUGAUAAGAACUGUGAACAAGGGAGGAAAAGUCAUGUAUGAAGGUUGAGAUCAUGUUACUUUUUCAGGAAUAAUUGACAAAUAUUAUGAAAAAGCAGCAAAUUCUGAAUAUAGCAAAAAGCAGCCGUCCAGAAUAUCAAUUACGAGUGAUACAAAGACAACAGUCAAGCUUUUUGUUUCCCUACGAGGCAGCCAUUAGCAGCCGCCCAGAGACUGAAACUUCAGGUCUUUGUGCAGAGUUGUAUCAGGACUUUCCAGGAUCCUUGUUUCUGUAAUUAUGUCAGAGUUGGCCUCAACUUUCAUUCUCUAAAAACGAGUUUGUUCACCUUUUGUAUUCGCUUGCCAGACAGGAGGUGAUGUAAUCUGUCAUCAGAUUUUCACCUGAAAGAACAGAUACGCGUGCUUCUGGUCAGAGAUUGAAGAUAGAGACUCUGGCAAAGGUCUUUUGGCAAAGGCGAAAUUUCUCACCAAUUACAUCAAUAUAGAUAUUUUUAAAAAUCUAAAUUCAUUUUAUGUUUUUCAACUUUUAGAAAAUCCUUAGGCUUAGAAACAGACAUAAACUGCUGCCAUGGAAAUAUUCUCAAUAACACACAAACAAACGCUUACCAGGUACCUGCCAUACCUUUAUUUGUUUCCUGGUUUAACCUGUUUCUCAUUGAAAAUCCCGGUUCUUUUCUCUCUAUCUACUUCAUCUUUGACCUUGUUAAGACAAAUGAGUGAUCCAUGUCUCUAAUAUGUAGGUCAACACAGACUGCCAUCAUAUUUUUGGGGUCUUUAAUACUCUUCUAUUAUGAUUUUGUUGUUGAAUAUAGUAGUAUCUUUUAGAAUAACUUUGAAUGUGGUGAAAUGUGACAAUACAUUUAAAGCUCCUGUAAGGAACGUUCUGUUUGUGAUGGUCUGUGCUUAUCUUUAUCCUCUACAUGCUUAAGUAGUGUCUCUUGAAAAAAGCCUCAUCCCUAAACUUUGACAGUCAUAUUUUUCAUUUGUUGUGGAUAUUUUAUUUGGAAACUGUCUCAUCAGCUGCUCAUCUGGCACCUGCCCCCUUACACCGUGUCAGAAAUUAAAAUGACAGCAUAUAAAUUAUUAAACAAGUCCGUGAUGUUUGCUUUUGGAUCUCCUUAAAAGGCAUCAAUAUGAAUUUCAGUCAUUUUCAGAAAUGUAAAAAAAAACUCCUUAUAGGAGCUUUAAAUAGAUUCAUAUCUUUAUAUUUCUGUCUUCUCUCAGGAUGAAAACAAGCAGGGUUUAUCAGAUGAAGACAUGCGGGCAGAGGUGGACACCUUCAUGUUUGAGGGUCACGACACCACAGCGAGUGGCCUCUCUUUCAUCCUCUAUUGUCUGGCCUGCCACCCUGAACACCAGAAGCUGUGCAGAGAGGAGAUCAACCAAGUCCUGGAUGGCAAAGACACCAUGGAGUGGUAGGCAAAAAAAAAAUCACAGCAGCUGUUUCAAAGGAUCACUGCACCAUUAAGAUAAUAUUCACAUUUCACACUUUCUGUCUGUCGUGUUUCAAGGGAGGAUCUCAGUAAAAUCCCAUACACUACAAUGUGCAUAAAGGAGUCUCUCCGGAUGUACCCUCCCGUACCUGGAAUGUCCAGAAAGCUCACCAAACCCAUCACCUUCUUUGAUGGGAGGACUUUGCCAGCAGGUUCGUAGUAAAGUUUUUGGCGAUAAGAGUAAGCUGUUGCGAACGUAACAACUUGUUCUCUCCUGGUAAAAGUUGAAACAUUAACUUGCUUUGGCAACUGGUUUUCCAUCAUCAACAUAUAGCUUUAGUUACUGCGUUAUAUAACAUAAAUCACUUAUCUCACCUUUAACCUACACGCUGCCCUUUUGUUUUUACAUAGGAGUUGAUAGCUGAUAAAUGGUAGAAAACAUUUCAGUCUAUAAUUUCUGGCAGUAAUUUUCAUUUUACUAAAAUAUUCAUCCUUGCAGUAAGGAAAAGAUUCCACAUUUUCUGUUUAAAGUUUUCUGAAACACUUUGGUUUUGACCAGUUCAGGCGUGAUGAAUAGUCAAUGACUGAUCUGCUAACAGGUGUCUGCAUGCUCAGGGGUUAAAUUUUAAGUGGCAAUAAUGUUUUACCCUCUAACAUAUUAACCUCAGGCAUGUUUGCAUUUGUGCACAUUGUAUUUGGUCCGUCAUUGGGUAACCUAAAAAGAUAUUGUCUUUUUGCAGGAACCCAAGUGGGAACAAGUGUGUUUGGGAUCCACAGGAAUCCAACAGUCUGGGAAAACCCUGAUGUAAGUCAGUAUGAUUUCAUUCUUAAAAACCCUCAGUGAAAUAAAAGCUUUUUUCCAGCUGUCCGCUCUGUGUGCGUUGAACAUCAUCAGAAUAAUAGGUAAAGGAUUUGAAGCCUUCUCUUUGCUGUGAGAAUAAACCCCACACUUUCUCCCACCUUGACUUCACACAGGUGUUUGACCCACUGCGUUUCCUACCUGAGAAUGUCUCCAAGAGGUCGCCUCAUGCCUUUGUGCCUUUCUCUGCUGGACCAAGGUUUGUCCUCACCUGACACCAUGUGAUUGGGUCACUGAGAACCAGUGACUGUCAUUUACAACUUCUUGCUGUCUAUCUAUUUAUCUGCAGAGGUCUGCAGUAUGUAGAUGGUUAACCCAAACACAAUAAAAAACUUGGUUGGGUUUUAUCUGUGGCUGACAUAAGCAAAGAAACAAACAGUUUGACCUGGGAAUGACCCAAUUACUGCAUGACCAUUUGGGCUCUCAGAACAGUGUUUUAAAACUAUGAAAAGAUACAGUCUUUGCACAGCAGAUUCAGAUAUUUUUAACACCACAGGGAGAAUAUAAAAAAAGAGAGUUAUUAAAUCAAUCUAUCAAUUUCAGAUUUACUCACACAUUUGGUUAAAAGCUGUAUAACACUGCAAAUAAAUCCUGUUUUGGCUCUUUAUAAUUCAGUCUUUGUUUUAGCACAUGAUUUAGACAUUAUAUUGUUGACUUUACAACACAAAAGUCCUGCAGUAAUCUUAUUGUUGGUGAAUGCUUCAUGUUUGUGAGUUGCACAUGUUGCUGGUAUAAACUGUCCAGAAAAAAAUCCUCGAAGUUCUUCUGCAGGGCUUUAACGGGUUACCUCAGUGCACAUCCAGAACUGAUUAUGAUAUCACGGCGCCUGCUUACCUGGCUUUGAUUUCAGCCCCAUAAAACAAAGAAUUAUAUUCAGCGCUCUUAUCAUGUUACCGUUUAUAUUCCUUGUCAUAUUACGUAAUGAUGAAAUAUUUUCCACUCCGCAGGAACUGCAUCGGUCAGAACUUUGCCAUGAAUGAGAUAAAAGUGGCCACAGCCCUGGCUCUGAAAAGAUACCAUCUGAUCGAGGACCCCACCAGAAAACCCAAGAUCCUUCCCAGACUGGUGCUCCGCUCUCUUAAUGGCAUCUACAUCAGGAUCAAACCCGUAGAGCCAGAAGUGUGAAGGAAAAUAGUGUAAAAAUGGAAAAUACUGUACAUGAAUCAGAGAGUGAAUUUUUUAGACGCUAGUAAAAUUACUUAUAUUUUAUGGAGCUUUACACUGAUAUAGAGUUACUAAAAAAAAUGUCAGAAAUGAAGUGAAAAAUAUGACGCCGUUGCUUUAAAAAUCAUGUUCUCAUACUCGAGCAGAUCUUGAUAUUGCACUUUAUUUUCAGAAAGGGAAUCUUCGCUCAAGUAUCUUUGCAUGUAAUAAAUAAAUCUUGUUAAAUUUUACA